AUGGUGCUGUCGGUGGACGAAAUACGGCAGGCUACCAAGCAAAUCACGUCGAGUGGGGACAGAAAACAAUACAACAAAAUUUUGAGACUAGUUGGCCAAUAUGAACAGAUAUCUGGCUUGGAGGAGACGAAGUUUUUCGAAAUAGAAAGUAAUCUGCGGUUUCUAACCUUGUCUCUCAAGCAAAUCUUCACCAAAUUUUUUAAAUUAGGUCAACUAAACCCCUCGCUAGCGUCCAAUGAUAACGAAAAGCAGCUUUUUCUGUGGUGUCGUAAAGUGUAUGGGUCGUUCAAAGCAAGACUUUUGGAAGUCAUAUCCUCGACCAGGUUCGAAAAUUCGCUAGCUUUGGACUGUUUGGAUGUUUACAUACAACUUUUGGAGCUAGAGUCCAUAUAUUUCGCAUCGAAACCGGAGGCUGCUUUUUUUCCCAACAAGACCCUAAAAGCGCUGAUAGCGGCCCUAUUCCAAUCUAGUAUUCCGCAAAGCAUCGAUGCUGCCACGGGGCAUUCCACAGACCCGGUUCUGCAAGAAUUUUCCGACAAGUACUAUCAAAAAUUUGUUGAUUUGCAAUAUUACUUCCAAGCUGAGCUCUCCAAUCUAAUAAGAGAUGGCACUUUAGACAAGCUAGACCAUUCACAGCUCCUUGCCAAGUGGCUAAGCUUGGUCAAUCACGACAAUCAUUACUCUAGCGCCGAGGCCGAACUGGACAUGUACGUUCCGCAGCCUCCACAGGCAAUGGAGAGCGAAACACAAUUCAAGGCGAACUUGGAGCAAAAUUAUCUUUGGUUCUUGGGACGCGACGGUCUUUUGAACUGUCAAUACAAGACACUUUUGUUAAUUCUGCACAAAAGGAUAAUUCCACACUUCGCGACCCCCACGAAGCUAAUGGAUUUUUUAACUGAUUCUUACGAUGUGGGCAACGGAGUUAUUUCCAUUUUAGCUUUGAACGGUCUAUUUGAAUUGAUGAGGCGAUACAACUUGGAAUAUCCCAAUUUCUACGUUAAGUUAUAUCAACUCGUGACCGUCGACCUCAUGCAUGUCAAAUACCGUUCUCGUUUCAUAAGAAUGACGGACCUGUUUCUGUCAUCGACCCAUAUCUCAGCCGGAUUGGUGGCCUCAUUCAUUAAGCGGUUCGCAAGACUAACGCUGGAUUCGCCACCGUCUGCCAUCAUCUCCGUUAUUCCUCUCGUGUACAACCUAAUCAAGAGGCAUCCCAGUUGCAUGGUCAUGUUGCAUGACCCUGAUUUCAUGACGCACCCUUUUGCUACUCCAGAAGAGUUGGCGUUGCUAAAACAGAGAAAAAGCGAUUAUAAAGAUCCUUUCGACAUGAAUGAGCCCAACCCGGAGCAUACGCGCGCGAUCGAAAGUUCGCUUUGGGAAUUAGCAUCUUUGACAAAUCAUUACCAUCCCAACAUUGCCACGCUAGCCAAGAUUUUCUCUCAGCCAUUCAAGAAGCCAAGCUACAAUUUGGAAGAUUUCUUAGAUUGGACCUAUGAUUCUCUGUUGAAGGCAGAGACUACGAAGAAAAUCAAGGUCCUUCCGGCACUCGAAUUCGAAGAGAUGGGCCAGUUGUUUGGCACUUACAUAGAAGGAGUGCAAUGGUAA